CAGCUGAAGGAAUCUAAGCGGGCGGUGAACAGCCUUCGGGACAUCGUUGAUGAUGACGAUGACGAUCUGGAGAAGGUCAGCUGGAGCGGGGAGCCCGUGGGAAUGCUUUAAGAAGACAUUUCAUGGUUCAGUGUGUGUUGGUAAGCUGUCUCCUGUGGUUAAAGUCUGAAAGAGCACUGUAAGUGUAUUUCUAGGGGUGACGGAUGUGAGUUCACAAGCCACACCUGAUGCGCUUUGCUGGUUUUGGGAAUUCAUGACCUGCAGACAAUGGCAGCCAGUGAGCCACUCUCAGAGAGUGAGAUCUUAAAAUGUGGGUCACCCACAGUGCCUUCAAGGAACCUAUUCUCCUCCUGUGUUGCAACUCUUCCCACCAGUUCUGACCUUUUCCCUUUUCCCACCUGAAGUCUUUACCUAUCAUCUGUUUAGUUGCACCACCACAUCCCCAAAGUUGAUUGUUCUGUAGCUGUGCAAAAAGAGGUGACAGCUGUGUUGCAAGCAGAAAGAAGACAAAUGCACUGUCAGCAGCAUGUGUGCAUUGACAGCUGUUUUGUCUGUGUAGGGAGGAACUUUAUCUUAGCUUUCUAGUGCCCAGGAAGGUGUGCUGUAAUGCUUCUGUAAUUCAAGGUAAGACAGGGAUUCUUUGUCUUGUUUUGUUCCUUUGUAUUGUGCUUUACCCCUGUACAAUUACACACAAAUGUUUGGUGGGAUAUGCUUUUUUUUUGUUUUUUCCCUCCCUCUCCAAUAUAAGCCAUAAUAAGCUGCACAACACUGCUGAAUGCAACCAUUUCUGGCUGGAGGGCAAUAGGCAACUCUUUAGUAAGUAAUAUGACAUGGGAUUGAAAUUCUUUGCUGGGAGUCUAGCUUUGGUGAUGUGCUAGUGCAGAACUGACCAGGACACGCUUGGUAAUAUUCAUGCCCUGCCCCAAGAUCUGUAUUUACAGAGUGGUUUUCUCAUUCUCUGUUCUAAAUUACCUCUGUCUAUGCAUAGGCAUCUCCUGGUCAAUCAAAGAGACAGCCUCCAGCAGCAGCUCCCUGGAGGGCCGAGACACUGGUCUGCAGAAGGGCUCUUCCUCCUAUGCUGCUCUUCCUAAGCAGGUUUCCUCCUAUUCCCUGAGCAGCUUGUUUAAAGGACGAAACAGACUUCCAAGUUUGCCGUCCCUUUCAGACGCCUUCGCUGACACAGGAGUUAAAAACUAUGCCCCAGAACUGCGCAGACCAAAAGCUGAGUACAAGGAUUACAGCAAUGACUGGAGCCCCAGAGAUACAGUCCGGCGAAUGCAGAGGGGCAAGGUCUGUUCUCUAGAGAGGUUUCGCUCCCUGCAGGACAAGCUGGUGCUCUUGGAUGAAGCUGUGGCGGGACAUGAUGGAAAUGUCAUCACAGCUGUCCUGAUAUUUCUGAAACGGACACUAAGGAGAGAGGUCUUGUUUCGAGAGCUGGAGGUGCGGCAGGUGGCCUUGUGUCAUCUCAUCCAUUUCCUCAAAGAAACGGGUGAGCAGAAGCUGCUUCUGGAUCUGCUCAGGUUCCUAGACAGGACUGAGGAAGUUGCUCUCUCACAGUACCGGGAGCAUUUGAACAUCCAGGAUGUAGAAAAGAAGAGAGAAUUUCUGAAGGGCUGCAUUGGGCUGCCAUUUUCAGCUGAGGAUAUGUCCCACAUCCAAGACCAUUAUACCCUGCUGGAGAGACAGAUAAUCAUUGAGGCCAAUGAUCAACACUUGGCGAUGGCUGGGCAGUCAGAGAUAUUUCGGAAAUACCCUCGCAAGGCCUCAAUUCUCAACAUGCCACUAGUGACCACUCUCUUCUAUUCCUGCUUUUACCACUACACAGAGGCUGAGGGUACAUUCAGCAGCCCAAGCAAUCUGAAGAAGACAUUUAAGAUUCCUGAUAAGCAGUAUGUGCUGACUGCCCUGGCUGCCCGUGCCAAGCUACGAGCCUGGGAGGAUGUGGAUGCACUCUUAACUACCAAGAACUGGCUGGGCUACACCAAGAAGAAGGCACCUAUUGGCUUCCACCGGGUGGUAGAGAUCUUGCAGAGGAACAAUGCACCUGUCCAGGUGCUGCAGGAAUAUGUGCGCUUAGUAGAGGAUGUGGAAACACGGUUGAACCUUGCCACCAAAUACAAGUGCCAUGAUGUUGUGAUUGAUACAUACAGGGAUCUAAAAGAUCGCAUCCAGCUGAUGGCAUAUAAAUGCAAGGUGGAGCGGGGCUCUGCAGAAGAAGAGAAGAUAAACAGCCUACUCAGUAACAUGCAAAUCCGGUGGAAGAACUGAGCACCAGUGAAGUAACCUGCUUGGACGUUGCCUUGCCAGUACAAAAGGAAACUGUAAAAGCUGGUCCAGUGCCAACAGAGCAGCUCUGUUACUAAUCAUUGCAUGAUCAGUGUUUGUCAGUGACACUAGGUGCUCGCGGGACAGAGGCAUUCAAGCAGGUUGAAGACAACUGCUCUGAUGCAGCCAGUGAAACCAUGGUACUGAUCCACAAGUGUUGAUUCUUUUUGGAAUCUGAUUCUCUUUGACUUGGUGUGGGACAGUCAUGGCUUUUGUUUACAGAGGGAAGUUGCUGGAGCAGGCAAAGUUGUGUUUGCUUAUUGUGGUGUCUGGGCUCUUUCUAGCAAGAGGAACAGGUCAGUCAUUCGUGGGUCUCCAGUAGACAAUGCUGACCGACCAGUCCCUGUAACAUUCAGGCUGGCUUGGGCAUCACCAGUCAUGGCUGUGGAGAACAAGGCCUACUGGACUGUGUUCCUCCCGCAUCAGAGUGUGAAGGGGGAAAGGGUCAGCUGCACUUUGAAGUCUUUCUUGGUUUGUUGUGGCUCACACCAGGAAAGAGGUUUUAUGAACUCCUGCAGAGAGCCAGGGCAGCAGCCUCUGCCUGUAUCCCUAUGCUGGCACUUGGCAGCUCUCAGCAGAUCCCUUCAUCAGGAAAGAGUGGGCACGAUGUGUGGAGCUGGUCAGAGCUGUGCUACAUUGGAUGGAGAGCAAGAAGGGGACCACUCACUUAGCACAAACCUGAUGAUCCCAGGAAGGAUUGAAUUGCACUUUCUCAGAAACACAAUUCCUCAGGCAACUGCUGGCUUCAUCCUUCCAGACCUCUCUUCAGUUCCUUAAAUAAAGCUGUCUCUUUCUCCUCAGGCUGUUUAUUUCCUUUCCACAUUAUGCACUUUGCUGCUCUGUGCUGAUCCUUAGCAAUUUAUCACACCUCCCUCAAAGUGAGUAUGCAGGGUGUUUUCUCAUAUCUUGAAAUAUCACUGUGAAGAAGCCUUGCUUGCAGCAGUACCUUGUUUCAUACUUUCCAUGCUGUCAGUACAGAUUAACUCAUUUCUGUGUUUCAAGACCAUUUGCUGCCAUGAAGGUUCUCGUACAGAGCUGAAGGCUGCGUACAGCCAUGUACAAGUCUGAGGGCAAAUUUGGGCUCCAGCAUCCCUGCUGCACUGUGCAGUCUCAGUUUCUGUGAUCACUUUUGUUAGGUUUUUUUUUCCUGUUUUGUUAUUGUUGGUUUUGGGUUUGUUUGUUUUGUUUUGUUUUCCCCGCAGAAUCAUAAGCAUGUUUAGGUUGGAAGGGAUUUCAUGAUCCUCUUGUCCCUUCCCCCUGCUCAGGUAUGGUCAUCUGAAGCAGGUGGACCAGGACUGUCCAGAUAGGUUUUCAGUGUCUCACAUUUGGAGAUACUGGCUCCUCAGCCUAAUUAAUUCUGUUCCUGUAUUUGACCAUCCUCACUGUUAAAACAAUAAAUUAAAAAGUUUUGUGCUUGUAUAGAA